UGCCGCGCCCCGCCCCCGCCGCAGUGCCCGGAUGCGGGUGACGUGCGGCCGCCAUCUUCCAGUCCCGGGCAGCCAGAGCCAGUCGGAGCCAGCGCGAGCCGCCGCUGCCGCCGCCGCCGCCGCCAUCACUGCCUCUGCCAAGUCCUCUGCCCGCUGCCCCCGCCAUGUCGGCUACCGCUGCCACUGUCCCGCCUGCCGCCCCGGCCGGCGAGGGUGGCCCCCCUGCACCCCCUCCAAAUCUUACCAGUAAUAGGAGACUGCAGCAGACCCAGGCCCAGGUGGAUGAGGUGGUGGAUAUCAUGAGGGUGAAUGUGGACAAGGUCCUGGAGCGGGACCAGAAGCUAUCGGAGCUGGAUGAUCGUGCAGAUGCCCUCCAGGCAGGGGCCUCCCAAUUUGAAACAAGUGCAGCCAAGCUCAAGCGCAAAUACUGGUGGAAAAACCUCAAGAUGAUGAUAAUCUUGGGAGUGAUUUGCGCCAUCAUCCUCAUCAUCAUCAUCGUUUACUUCAGCACUUAAAUCCCUGAGGAGUCUGCCCUGCCUAAGAAGGGCCUCUCUCCCACCCCCAGCCGUUCCUCCACCUCUCAGCCAUAUCUUUCAGCCCCCCUCCCUUGGAUCCGUGUGUGUGUGUCCGUGUGUGUGCCCCCUGUAAAUAGCCAGCUGUUAUUUAUACAUAUAUAAUAUUAUAUAUAUUUGGUCUGUUUGUAGUUUUAUUACUAGAAGAUUUUUUCCGGUUGUCCUUAACACCCCUUCCUGAGGUUCCCCUCACCUCUCUCUCUCAUCCUCUGUCCCUUUUCCUCUUUUCCUGAUAGCCCCAAGUCCCCUCAUUUGCAUCUGCUAUGCAAUAGCCCCUCUCCUCCUUCCCUUGGAUUUAACUGGCCCUUCCCUAGCUUCCCUCUACAAUUCCUGACCCUCCCGAAACAAAAAGCAAACUCCACAGAAACAAACAAAAACUCCCACCUGUCCAGGCUUCCCUAGGUUGCAUCUUGUAUCCCUUGGAAGGCUCUGAGACUGGUCCCACUUGGUCCUAAGAAUUCCAAGGUUUUCUGGGAGCUUCCAAGAUAUUAAUUAGCAUAUCAUUUGCAUACCAACAUCUUUUGCGUUUUCUUCCUUUUUGUUCCAUCACUCUUCUCUGUUUUCUUUCUUUUCUGAAGAGUUUGUCUCCAUUGGUCCUCUUAUCACACUUCAUUUGCACGACAUUACCUGCAGGUGGUGGGGAGCCUAGGCUUUUGGGGAACCAGGCUGCUCUGGGCCCCAGAAUUGCCCCCUCCAGCCCCUCUAGUCUAGUUUACCUCCCUUACCCCAUUUCCCAAACCUCUUGUACCCUCCUCUUCCUCCCCCCCAGCUGGUGUGUGUCUUGGAGUUCAGUGUGUUAUGAUGGACCAAUAAUUCUGCCACUCGGGGUCUCUCCCUACAUUCCUGCUCCCCAGUUUUCAUGUGGGGCACUCAACUGACAUUCCCAGGAGGUCUCCCUCCCUCCCAUCUGCCUGAUCUGCCUCCUCCUCCCACCAGGAGAAUUGGGGGCUGACCACAAUCUGAUUCCUUGAGGAGGGGUGGCUCCAGUGUGUGUGUGUCAUCACUGCCUUGGGGAGGAGCAGGACAAACUAGAAUCCCCCCAAUUCCUGCCUGAAAUAUCUGGCCUCUUACUUGCUAGAGGUUGGAAUGAAAACUUUCCUCCCCAAUCUGGGGGUGGGUGUUGCCCCCCAUCACUGCCCAGCUCCUCUGACUGCCCCCCUGUAUUCAGGGUGGGGGUACUAGUCACUGCCAAUAUGUGUAUGGGACUUGCUGGAUGGUGGGGAUCCUCACCUUUCUCCAGGGCUGUUAAGCCCAGAGAGAGUGGGGGAGAGAGAGAAAGAGAGAGAGAGUGCAAGCUAUUCCCUUUUUGGGUGAAAUGAUAGAAGAAGGAUCUAGUCUUUUAAAAUGGCACAGUUUUAGGGGUCUGAGGGUACAGCCCCUUAACCUACCACGGUGGGGGGAGUGUCCCCAAACUCUUCCCCCCUACACACCAGGUUUUCUAUGUGGAGGGGAACCAAGGAGAUCUAAACUGUGGUGUGAAAGGGUAGGAGAGAUGCUGGGGGUGGGGGUGCUUGUGUUCUAGACCCCCAAUAUUAUCCCAGUGUCCCCUGCCUUCCUUCUUCCCCUUCCCCAUGCCCCCAAUUCUGUGGCGCAUCCAGAUUGUGAAAAUGUACAAUAAACGUGUAAUGAGUAACCAG